CUAGUUUUUCGUUUUUUUUUGUUUUCAGCGACAGUAACCUGGGUAGAGUGCUGGCAUAGACAACCGCCACGCCGACUGCCUUAUCCGGAGUGGGACGAGAAAUACGUAAUAAGAAAACACAAUGAUAUGAUCACAGACAUAUUGAAAGAUAUAAUUUUGAAGCUGCGACAAGCUGAUAAAAUACAACAAAGAUAUAAACGGUACGUCACCUUCAAACUGGGUCUCGUGGCGGCCGGCAUCAUGGAGACCUAUAUAAGUAUGUUAGAACUGUACAAGAAAUACACGGAACCCAAGUUAGUAACGGAUCAGUCGGUGAAUGUUGAGAGAUUCUUCACUGCGUACCACAUUAUAAAAACGGACUAUAACGAAAUAAGGCAUGAGUAUAUAAUGUUCUACGAGAUAUUGGAGAACCAUUUAAAACAACAAGAGGCAAAAGCUAAGACCAAGUCCUUGUUGAAUUUAUAUAAGAAGAAACAAGCUCAGAGGUCGGACAUUUUGAAUGUAACGUCGCCAGGCGCCGAGGAAUUUAAACGGAGUCUGAGAUAUAAAAAAUGGGCGGAGAAAUGGAACAAUUUUGUACCGGAAAUAGAGGGCGUUGACGUUGACAUUGAUAAUAUUAAAAUUUGA